CCCUGGGAGACGCGGAGAUGUGAGCAGCGCUCCAGCAUCUCUCUCUGUCUCUCUUCCUCUCUCUCACCUCAGCGAACACAGCGCGGCUGUCACAGUACGAGAGGGCUUUGACAGCUUUCCGAAAAUGGACGGUUGACCCUGUUGUCUCUGUUAGGCUGGGUUCAUGGCUGGGAGGGCGAUGCUGUUCUCCCUUCGCUCGCUGCUCCUGCUCUGCGCGCUUCUGGCCGCUGCGCUGGGAGACGCUGCUCACUUUGACCCCUACAAGAUCCUGGGAGUCACCAGGAGCGCAAGCCAGGCUGAAAUCAAGAAGGUGUAUAAACGGCUUGCCAAAGAAUGGCAUCCAGACAAAAACAAGAACCCAGAGGCAGAAGACAUGUUCAUUAAGAUUACCAAGUCAUAUGAGAUUUUGUCGAGUGAGGAGAAGAGAGCCAAUUACGAUCGCUACGGGCAGACCGACGACACCCAGCCUUACGGCCACCGAGGCUUCCGCCACUUCCAUGACAACUUCUACUUCGACGAGUCCUUCUUCAACUUUCCGUUCAACAGCAAGAGCGGCCGUGACUCAGCCGACAGCAAGUACACGCUUCACUUUAACCAGUAUGUCAACGAAGUCGUGCCCGACAGCUUUAAAAGGCCUUAUCUGGUCAAGAUCACCUCCGACUGGUGCUUCAGCUGCAUCCACAUUGAGCCUGUUUGGAAAGAGGCUGUGCAGGAGCUGGAGCCACUUGGUGUAGGAAUAGGAGUGGUUGAUGUUGGUUAUGAGAGACGCUUGGCAAAUCACCUAGGUGCACACCGCACUCCUUCCAUACUUGGUGUUAUUAAUGGAAAAGUGACUUUCUUCCAUUACGCUGUGGUCAAAGAGCACCUCCUGCAGUUUGUGGAGGACCUGCUUCCACAGAGACUGGUCGAGAAGGUCACUGACCGGAACGACCGUGACUUCUUGAAGAGCUGGCAUGAGGUUAACAAGCCACACGUUCUGCUUUUUGACCAAGUUCCUGUGGUUCCUCUCUUAUAUAAGCUGACUGCAUUUGCCUACAAGGACUAUGUGCAGUUUGGCUAUGUGGAUCAGGGCCUGUCUGAGACUGCAGACCUGCUGAAGCAGUACAACAUCAACACCUAUGCUCCCACCAUGCUAGUCUUCAAGGAGAACACAGACAAGCCAGCUGAUAUUAUACAAGCUAAAGGGAUGAAAAAACAAAUCAUCGAUGAAUUCAUUUCCAAUAACAAAUUCCUCCUUGCUCCUCGUCUGGUGAACCAGAAGGUCUUUGAUGAGCUUUGCCCUGUCAAACAGUUCCAUCGGCGCAGGAAAUACUGCGUUCUGCUCAUCACUGGUGAAGAAGAAGCUUUUGUCCCAGGAAACAAAGCUUUCCUGUCUCUGGCCUCUGCAAACACUAACGAGGUGCUUCGCUUUGCCUAUGUGUAUCAGCGGCAGCAGCAGCCGCUGUGCACUGUGCUGCUGAAGAACAGAGACAGCACUCCACCACAGGUGAUAAUACUGGAGAGGCGUAACGGGGCCGGUAAGGUGCUGUAUAAGCCCGUGCUGGGUGGCUGGAAUGGCAGUGAAGAGGACAAACACAGGCUGCUGGAAGAACUGGAGCGACUGCAAAAAGAUCCCUCCAUCCUUACCCACGAUGCCACACUGCCGGAGCUCAACAAUGAGUUUGCCUCAAUGUUUUUAAUCAGAUGGAUUUAUACAGCAUAUGACUACCUGUCUGAAAUUAUUGAUGAUCUUCUCCAUAAUAAUUGGCGUGAAAUGAUGCCUCUUCUGUCUUUGAUAUUCUCUGCACUGUUUAUCCUGUUUGGCACAGUGGUUAUUCAAGCUUUCAGUGACUCGAGUGACGAGAAACAAUCAAAACCAAAGGCAAAGGAAGCAGCAAAGACAGAGAAUGGGUCACCAAACACCACUAACACCUCAAGCCGUCCACCGAAGAAAAACUUUGUGGAGGUGACUGAGUUAACAGACAUCACCUACACCAGCAACUUAGUGAAGCUGAGGCCAGGCCACAUUAACGUUGUCUUGGUGCUGACUGAUGCAACCAAAAACAUUCUGCUCAGCAAGUUUGCCAAGGAGGUUUAUUCCUUCACUGGGAGCCUGACGCUGCAUUUCUCCUUCCUGAACGUCGACAAACACAACGAGUGGAUGGCCACCCUGCUAGAGUACGCCCAGGACGCCAUGCAAAUUGACAUGGAUGAGGAAGAGGGCAGCAACCGCAAAAUAGACUACACAGGCUAUGUGCUGGCCCUCAACGGUCAUAAGAAAUACCUGUGCCUGUUCAAACCUGUCUACACAGGUGAGGACGCGGAUGGCAAGCCAGAGGAGGACACAGGAAGCUCCAGGUCCAGGUCAGGCUCCAAGGACGAGCACCAGCACAGGAAAAGCACGACACGCUCGCGUUCAACCACCCUCCAGAUCCACCACAAACUGGACCGACUUGGUCUGUGGAUGGAGAGGCUGAUGGAGGGGACGCUCCCUCGCUACUACAUCCCAGCCUGGCCUGGCCUGGACAAGAUCACAGUCAAUAAGUAAAACCCACCGGCAGGCCAGAUGCAGUUGUGCUAAUGCUAAUAUUAGCACUGGAGGAAGAAGCUCUGAGGGCCACGGAAGCACUGAGGGAAACAAAAGACAGAGCCAAAAAUGGCUUAGCAUACUGAUGUAGCUGAUGAAGGAGGACAGUGUUUGUUCUUUGGCACAAAUUUCUCGUCACUCUCACCACGGUCACUUCAGUCAUAAGACUCUGAGUGGCCCUGGAGUCCGAUUCUUUGGAGAGGAGUACUUGAAUUGACACUAUUGCUGUAAUUGACCCAAGUGAAAUAGUAGCUUCAUCCAACCAAAAUGCUGUGCUCCAACUACUGUAUGCUUCCCAAGUCUUUCCCCCCAAAUUCUAAAGGCCUGUUGAAGCUGGAUUAGUUUUUCCUGGAGAGGUACUCUGAUUAAAAUGACGAACGGUGGGGUAUUUGACAUUGUACGCUUUUUUAAAAGACUGAGGCAGUUUUUUUCUAUUCGCUUUUAAAAGGAGAGACAAGUUUUGUCUGCUGUUUUGUAUGCCCUGCUUAACUCCAAGCAGUCAAGUAGCCUACUUCAUGUGCUUUUUUCUGUGCUGACCAAUCAGAUAAAAAAGGCAUGUCUUCAGUGAUAGUUGCUGAGUACCAACUGUAUAAUUUCACUGAUCAAAAUUAGCACAAGACUGAACAAAAAGUAGCUUUUCUUUCAUUUUGCUUAUUUUUACUAGCAUCACAAUGCUUGCUAGUUAACAGCAGACCACUUUCUAAACAGGCAAGUGCCAGAGCUUUUUGCCAGUAUAUAUCAAAACAACAACUAGCACAGCAGCUGUUAUGAUGCUGUUGUCGCUUUGCAACAGGGAGACACAGAGCCAGAAGAUGCCUAAUCACACAUACAGUUUUCUUACAGCAUUUGUUCAAACACUGUUUUAGCCCUUGGAAAUGAAUAAUCGAAUGUUGAGAAAAUUCAAAUUUGUCACAAAUGAUGUCAUAAAGGACAUCUCUCACGCUGUCCUUCAUAGACAUUACAUACAGACUCACAUACAUAGCACAUGUAUAUACACAUUAGCAACCACCUGGGAUACCAUAACAAUACCCUAUCAACACUUUAGCAACCACUUGGGAUUCUAUAGUAGUGGCCUAGCAACACCUAAGCAACCAUUUGGGAUACCAUAGCAAUGCGCUCUCAACACUUUGGCAACCACCUGGGAUUCUAUAGUAGUGGCCUAGCAACACCUAAGCAACCACCUGGGAUACCAUAGCAAUGCCCUAUCAACACUUUGGCAACCACUUAAGAUUUCAUAGCAAUGGCCUAGCGACACCUUAGCCACCUGGGAUUUCGUAGCAAUAGCUUUGUCAAGCCAACAAAUGGUUCAUAAAAUUUACAUGCACUUAAUAAUCCAAUCGUUAUUGGAUUUGGGCAGUUCUCCGAUUAUUUAAGUGGUCAUGUAAACAGCAUACUCAGAUUUUUUUAGAUCAGAUUACAGCCUAGAAAUUCAAUUAAGAAAUCCGAGAAAGCUGUAUUUUAGAUCAGUAAUUGGGUUUCUCGUGCAUGUAUACCUUUACUCUGAUUUCUUUCGUGUUUCCCAGUCUGUGCAUGUGCCAAAACAGACUAUUUUCAUGGCACACAGCACCCACGAGAUGUCUACCUGCUUGAUGGAUUUAAUGAAGGAUUUAAAUAUACUUUCCACUAAAGUGACUUGAUGAUUUAAAAAAAACAUGAUGGACAUGGCGUGGCAUGGCGAUGAGCUUUACGUUACGCUCAUGUCACGUCUUAUUCUGUGAGUUUAUUGGCCGGUUGCAAAGCAGAAAUACGAUUACUGCCUGACUCAUGUAGAGUUUCACAUUAUCUGAUUGCCCAAGUGCAUAUAAACGUUGAUCGGUUUACCAACAAAAUCUGAUUUCUACAGUUAUCAGAUUAUUAAGUAGAUGUAAACACACUCACUGUUAAUAUGUUAUUUGGGGACAUUACACAGGCACUUUAUCCUGUAUGAAUCAGCCAGUCAGAUCCCUUAAUAAUUAUAUUACAGAAGUGCCUCUGGUAAAACCAAUCCAGCUCGAACAGUUCUUAAGUCUUUAAAGGUGCACUAAGUAGAGUGGUCCAUUAAAAUGUGACAGAAGUUUAGAUAGAAAUGAAUAUUACAUGGUGGUUAUAGGAAUAAUACACAGUGGUUGUACGAAUAUUACAUGGUGAUGAGAAAUGGAGGCUCACUGUGGUCAAACACCUUUUUUAUAGUUCUGCGACAUUCCAUUAUUACAAGCUAGCAGUUCAGUAGUAUGGAACUUACUGGGUAAAACCAACAAUAUUAAUUAUUACUUAGUGUAUCUUUAAAGCUCAUGUCAGUCAGGCUUUGGGGUGAAGAUGAGGACUUCAAUUCAACUGAUGCAUUUCAAUUUAAGCGGAUCCCUUGGCUGUGCACCCACCGGUCAAUCCCCGCUGUUGGAACAACAAACCUGUAAAAUGUAGCAUGAACUGAAACACUGUAAGAGUGGAAGGAUCUCCUUCUGUAACAUACAGUCACUUGAAGAUCAUAAUAAUUGUCAGUUCUGUUUUAAAUAUUUAUACCAGUCUUAAACCUUUGUGUAAAUAUAAAACACUGUCCUGGAUGAGACGAUUCAGAAGACAGUGUCAGUGCAAUACAGUGUCACUGCUUUGCCUUGAGCUCCCGUUACUUUUCUUUCUCAUAACAAUCGCAUCAACAAUCGGUUGAUUUUUUUCAUUUUUAAGGGUUAAUUGUGAUCCCACCUCAUACGUUUGUAGUCUUGUGAGUGGAGCAGAACCUAAUAGACAUUUUUGCAUGGAACCUAAUAUAAACUAAAGGCAGUAGUCUAUACUCACACUGUGAUAUCUGUCCAUUGAUUUUGGUGCAUUUCGCCAGUGAACUAGAAAUGAGAGCCAGCAUUUGAAAUAAGGUUUUUCUGAAUUCUCCUGAAAAGAAAGGACUCAAAGAAAUGAACAUUUACUGACUGGACAGCUUCUACAAAUUUGAAUUGCUUUCCACUUUUAGAGAUGACGCGAUACCUGUUUUUCUUUUCUGACACUGACACCAAUCCAAAAUCCAAAAAGUUUUAAAAUGACCUGUUCUUAAUUGUCAUGAUCAAACUACUCAAAAACUCUAGUACCCCACGAGAAGAAAUACAAAGCUAACAACCUCAUAUCAUACAAUGGGCUUAAUCAUUUUUCCACGGAUAACGAUCUAGUAUUUUCUGCUGGUAUCAAUUAAAUGCUGACACCCAUCGAUACCAAUAUGCCGCCUCUAAUUAAUAUGUAGCCAGGCCCUUUUUAGCAUAUGAUUAAUUGCCAUUAAAAGAUCCUGAAGUUACCUAAUGGUUAAGAAUAUUCCACAGUGGAUGCAUUGAUGUGAUGAUAAGAAGUGAAGGCUUAUAUUGGUCAGAAAUGAACUUUUUCUUCUCUAUAUUUAUCCCUGGCGGUGGAGGUUAUAUACUAAUCCUGUGUUGCAGCCAACAGUUCUGGAAAUGACACCUAGGCCGAGUAGCUAAACGCAGUUAUUUUACCAAUGUGAUUUGUAAUGUUGCAUCUAAAAAGGAUUCUCUUCAAAAAUGAAGUAUGUGAAAUUUACAGUUGUAUGCAAAAGUUUGGGCGCCCGGUCAAAUUACAAGUUUUGUUGUUUUGUUGAUAUUCAUGUCAGAAUAAGUUCACACAUCCUCUGCAGAGAAGACAUUUCUGCACAUUUUAAUGUAAUUCGCUGAGUUGAACAUAUUAGAAGAAGGACACCUUCUUGUAUCUACACCUUUUAUCCAUUUGUUUGAGCUCCACUUACCCCUUUUACCCUGUUCUUCAAUAGUCAGGACCCCCACAGAGCCACCACGGAGCAGGUAUUUGGGUGGUGGAUCAUUCUCAGCACUGCAGUGGCACUGAUGUGGUGGUGGUGUGUUAGUGUGUGUUGUGCUGGUACAGCUGAUACCUUAUAGAUGUAGGUGCACCUAAGUGGAGCUGAUAAAAUGGACAAAAAGUGCACGAACAAGCAAAGAGAUGUACCUCACUGAAGUGGAAGAGUGUGUAUAUAUAUAUAUAUAUAUAUAUAUACACAGAUGUACAAUAAGGGUAGUUGUGAGAUUACAAGAACUUUAGAUUUAAAUCUGGCAGCUCAGAGCCUUAAGGGAAUAACUGCAAACUGGCAAACUGGGUCAAUAUUGUCUAAUUAUUUUUACCUUUGUCAAUUUCUGUUCAGUCCAAAUGGGAAUCUGUUUCUAUUGCUGUUUAGACUUAAUGAAAAACAGAUAAAGAAAGAGACGCAUAUCAUCCUUGACAGCCUCUUUAAAGGUAACCCUGCUGAUGAUGAACCAGAUUGGAGUAGAUGUGUUCAUUUACAGUCUUCCAUUCCAGAGCGGUUUUGUCAGGACAGGAUCUAAGUUAUUCAUCAUUAUCUUUCCACUCUGAUGUUCAGUGAAUAUCAUUCAUAUAUGUACUGUUGCUGUUAUAAAUAUAUAUUAUGCUAUCUGUGCUGCUGUAAUGUAAUUAAAGCAUUUUCUGUUGUUGUGA